AUGAAGUCCUUCCUGAACAGCAUUCCCCUGAUUUUGUUACUGGUAGUGACGGUGGUUCAAUGGGCUUUGAUAUCCUAUUUGCUGCAAGAGCGUCACCACGACAAUGAUAUUGGCACUUGUCCUCCAAUUAUGAAAGUUGUAGAUGUUCCAGUAGCCAAGCAACGCCUCGACGUUGCGUCACUGGAACACAAAAAAGAAAGAACCUACGAUGGUGUUGCUGCUGCUAUUUUCUUUUCGGCACCAGCUUGGUUUCAGCGAAGAUUUCCCGUUCUCAUAAGCAAUGUGAAAUCCAACACUCCUCCCAAUUGGGCCAUUCAGUUGUUCGUCAAACCUUCCUUUUGGAAUGAACAAGUACUUCCCCUGCAUCCUGGAUUGCCACGAUUGUUGAGAGAUCAGGGAGUCAUAAUAAGGGAAUUGCCAGAACGAUUGCAAAACAUCAAACAACCCAAUCAGCGCAUUCCUCUGGAUCCAUGGUUCUGGAACACCAUGGUGGCGGAUCGAGUAUUCAUGUUCUCAGGGAAUGGGAUACUCUGCACCCAUGGCAAUACAGAAGAAAAUUGGAAAAUGCUAGAACAUCUCGAUUAUUGCGCGUGUCCGUGGACCAGGUUUGACAAACAGGGAGGUGACUCGGCCACGCACAGUUACAGGAAUAGAACCAUCAUGCUGAGAGCAAUUGAAUUUGCAAAACAAAACAAUUUGCCCAUGAAUCCACCCGAAGGCAUGGCCUUUGUAGAAGUCAUGCAACGAAUGAACACUGCGGCAGGAAAACCUAUGAAACAUCCCGCUGUACGAUUGGCCACGAGACAAGACACCAUUCGCUUUGGUGGGGUGGCAACCACCAAUUCCACCGUCAAGGGACACAAGAGGCCCAUUCCCCCGCCACCCAUGGUCGUCUCGGGGACACAGGCACAGUUGACCUUUCAGGAACGGGAAGAUCUACUCAUGGUAUGUCCAGAACUCAAAGUCAUCUUUCCCUCCUUGCACGAACCGGCAUGUUUUGGAGCCAAGCCAAAUCCAGAAAAAUGCAAGGCCACCAUUUGUGCUCUGAAAGAUAAACUACCGGGAAGUGGGUGUUGA